GGCUAAGGUGUGUCCCGGAAGUUUUGUAAUGGCACUGUGCACACUGUGGCUUGGCAAGACUCCUGAGUGACUAGAGUUGUUGAUUGUGUACAGAACAAGAGAGACUAUAGAAGAAAGAACUAAACACUGGCUUCAGAAAAUUAUGCCUUUUGAUUGUGAGGAGUGCUGCAAGAGCUGCUGUUACAGCACCCCCUUCACCACACUGGUUGCAUUCAUCUUCACUGCCAUUAAUCUCGGAGGAUUUUUCAUCACUGGGUUCUAUGGAGUCUCUCAGCUCAACAAUAUCUCUGGACUGCAGAAUGGGACUGAAGUGAACGUGAUGGGUCCAGUGGUGGGAAUAGCUGUGGUGCUGACGAUUGUGCCUCUGGUGUUGUUCACUAUUUCCAGCUACUGCAUCACAGGCUAUAUCCGUGACAUACUGUUUCACGGUGCUGUCAAGUGUUGUGUCAGAUCUUACUGCCUCAAUAUUGCAGUAAUGGCUACCACGUUUGUCCUGAUACUGGUAUGGCUAAUAAUCUCCAUUGGGUUGGGAGGAGUGUUAAGUUUCUACCUUCAAUGGCUCAUCACUUGCCCAGAGGCUCGCGAUGCUUGUGUCACAUAUGUGGAUUCUGGGUUCAAUAGGUACGAGAUCUGUGGCCAAGUUUUAGAACAAGCUUGUCCAACGGCACUCACCACUGGACUGGCCUUCUGUGUAUCACUGGUGUUUGCAAUUCUCAUAAUCAUAGCGCUGAUCAUUGUCCUAGUGCUUCAUGCGGCCAAGUUUGUGAAUGGCAGAGACUACUACGACUACAGACAGACACAAAAACAAGAUGGCUUCUUCUCAAAGAACUCACGGUGAAACACGAAAUCAUUUUUCUUCGCAGAACAGAACCCAUUAAUAUUAAUUUAGUUAUAUAUUGGUUGUACAUGUCCCACAUGUACUGAAGUUAAUUGGAGUGUAGUUAAUUGGUACACCAGUACACCACUCAAUGUCUGUUUAAAAUCAUAAUUAUCCGUCACUUUCAA